AUGCGACUCAUCAACGUGAAGACGGGGAAACUGGAGCAGUUUCACAUCAAUAAGCCACCUUACGCGAUCUUGUCGCACACAUGGGGCGCCGACGAAGAGGAAAUAUCGUUUCAAGACGUCGAAAGUGGAAAUAUUUCGGGAAAGGAGUUUGGAAAGUUCAAGCUUGAGAAAUGCUGUAAACAGGCCAAAGAAGACGGCCUCAACUACGCAUGGAUCGAUACCUGCUGCAUCGACAAAACGAAUUCCGUCGAACUCAACGAAGCCAUCAACUCUAUGUACCACUGGUACCAGGCAGCGAAUACCUGCUAUGCGUAUCUUGCCGACGUUUCUACGGAGGAUAGCACGACAAACUUGGCAGCGCUGCAACACAGCCUCUGGUUCACGAGAGGAUGGACACUACAGGAACUCCUUGCGCCUAAAGACUUGGUAUUCUACGGGCGAGGCUGGGACUAUUUAGGGUCCAAGACCCAACUUGCCGAAGUGUUGGGAGAAAUUACCAGCAUCCCCCCUCGAUUUCUUCUAAGAAACGACGCACUGUAUGAAGCGAGUAUUGCGCAACGCAUGUCCUGGGCUGCUAGGCGCCGGACAAAGAGAGUGGAGGACAUAGCGUACUCUCUUCUCGGUAUUUUUAACGUCAUGAUCCCGAUGAUUUACGGCGAAGGAGAAAAAGCCUUCCUCCGAUUACAGGAGGAAAUCAUGAAAAAGUCAACGGAUGACUCGAUUCUCGCUUGGGGACUAGCUGCAAACUCGGACACGCCCAAGGUCGAGAACUUUAUCAUGUAUGGCAAUGUCCUUGCAGCGAGUCCUGCCGCCUUUGCGAACAGCGGGACGGUCGUGUCCCGUGGAAGCUCUAAUGCGACAAUAGAGUCAUUGGGGCUAGUUCGGGGCUUUCUACAUGCGCGCCUUCCUUUGCACAAGCACGGUGGGCAAACAUUCGGCUUACUGGAUUGUCGUCCUGACCAUGGAAACGAUGCAUUCAUCGGAAUCCCUCUGUCCCGUAUUUCACCAGGAAUCAAGUCGGACGAGUAUAUGAGACCAAUGGGCUCCGAGGCCACUCGAUUUUCUGCGUCUGACCUGACAAUCACACCAACAUCCGUACGAAUUCACGAACCUGAGCGCUUCAAAGAAGCUCCGACUUACAACCGGCGAUACGGGUUCCGCAUCAACGUGCCAUCCACGGGCGAGCUGGAGCUGAUCGAUGUUCGACCACAGAACCGAUGGGAGAAAGAGGAGACUGAAGAACCUUUUAUCUUCAGCGGAGUUGAUUUUCAAGUUGACAGCUUUCAACAGACAUGGGUUAGGCUCCGCCACCGUCGUCACGAUGCACCGAACCCACAGGAUUUUGUGAUGGUUCUCGAACUCGAAGUCAAAGACUCGCAGCCACAGGCUCGCUGCCACGUCAUGAUUGCGUCGAGGGAUACGGAUCUCGACGCGAUUGUAGGCCUCCCAGGUCUAUUGAAACAUGUCUUUGGCAAGUCCACCGCUGGCAACGGUCUACUCGAAGUGAAGGCGACCCUGAAUCAGGAUCGCAUGGCAAUGCAGCAGGUCUUUGCCGUCAACCUGCUCGCGCAUCCCUCGCUCCCAGGUACACCGCAAUCCCCCAGUGCAACCGCUGAGCUUCAGCUCGUAGAGCACACUCUCAACUUGCAGAUGGUUUUCAAAGAAGACAAGCAGAUGCGGCCCAAGAUGGAUACGAUUCCCGAAAUACUGCGCGAAAGUAUCGCUUCUCUUCAAUCCAGAGAAAAGCGCAUUGAAGUUGUUGAUAAAGAAAUGGACCAGCUGCAGAAACAAAUCAACCAGUUACAGAAGCAAAUCAAAAUUUUGCAGAACGAAAAGCACGACCUAGUCAAGGGUUUGAACAAAGAGGCCAAACAUAUGCAGUUUCUAUCCCAGGAGAAUAACACCCUCUUGGAAAGGCACACCGAGAUAAUCCAAACGGUCUCUUCGUCGCGAAAUUUACCGGAGUCACUGGGGGAAAAGCGAGCAACACUAUGGGACGAGGAGAUGCUCGACUAUUUCUCAGACACUCUACUUUCCUCCGACAGGCUGUACGAUAGUCUUUCCGACAUUCAAGACAGAAGUCAGAGGAUCUUCAUGCAAGCAGUCGACAUGGGGUGUUUGGCUAUCAUGAGGUUUCUCGUCAGCAGCAUGGACAACCUCUUGUUUGAAGACUCGCUUGGACGCAACGUACUGUGCAGGGCUAUAGACAACAACAUUUCAGCGGCAAUAUGGCUAAUCGAAGAGAGUGGCAUUGAUUCUGCUCACAUCGACAGCCGCGGCGUUCCUGCAUUGGUAGCGGCGGCAGCAGAAGGGCACCUCAGCAUCGUCCGCAGUCUUCUUGAUCACGGCCAGUCUGUUGAUCCGGCGCGCCGCUACCCUCUUGGCCUCCUUUGGUACGUGCGGCUGCUUAUGGACACCUCGACUGCGUACAUCUGCUACUCGAAUCGGGAGCAAACCUCGAAAGUCGAAAUCACAAUGGAGAAACUGCACUUGCCUGCGCGGCAUCGUCAGGGCAUCACGACAUCGCUCAGCUACUUCUCGAUGCUGGGGCCGACAUCGAUCCCAAGUCAACAACUGGCUCCACUCCAUUGA